GACUCCAUCCUCCGGUUCAUUCACACCGCCGCUGCUUUAUCGGUGUGUACCAGCGCGAGGAAGAGAGGCGUGUAAUUCGGUCAAAGGCCAUCCGUGUAGCUCAGUUCCCGAGCUUUAUAAAGAGGACGGCCGCGCGCGCUGAGCAUGCAGUCUCGCGCCGAGGAGACCGGAUGUGUGUUAGCGUUCAGCCUCUGUGCGGAUUUACUACACACCGAGUUUUACAGAACGGAAACAUGGAGUGUGAGUGUCAGUGCUCGGAGAGGUCUCGUGCGCACGCCAUCCUGUUCAACAUCCUCACCGGUGACGCGGAAGCCACCGACCUGAGCUACUCGCCGUCCAGCCGCUGUCACUGUGACACGCGCCGCACCGUGCGCCUCAAGUCGCGCGACACCUGCCUGGCGGCCGCGAGCGUGCUCGUGAAGACCGUACGCUUCGUCGCGAGCCUGCCCGCGUUCCAGCAGCUUCCGGCGGAGGACCAGCUCGCGCUGCUGCACCACUGCUGGGCGCCGCUCUUCAUCCUGGGACUGGCGCAGGAGCGCGUGAGCUUCGAGGUGGAGCACGAGCCCGUGACCAGCAUGCUGAAGAAGAUCCUGCUGAACCGAGAGCACGAGCGCGGAGAGAACCGAGAGCAACCGACACUGAGCGGAGUCCAGAACCUCAAAUCCUGUCUCAGGAAGCUGCAGAGUCUGGACCUGAGUCCCAAAGAGUACGCUUACCUGAAGGGCACCAUGAUCUUUAAUCCAGACGUGCCCGGCCUGCAGGUGGCGCCGUUAGUGGCUGGUCUUCAGCGUGAGGCUCAGCGCGCUCUCAGGGAGGUUCUGUUUCUCCUGCACUCGGGUGAUGGAGGGAGUUUUGGGCGUGUCCUCCUCGCCGUGUCCUCGCUGCAGAGCGUCACACCUGAACUCAUCACUGAACUCUUCUUCAGACCCAUCAUCGGCUCCGCCCACCUCGUCCACCUCAUCACCGACAUGCUGUUCACCAGGUAGAGACACACACACACACGCCUGAGCUGAGAGAGUGAGGAUCAGCCAGAACAGGGAGACGCUCAUGUUUCAGCUUUGACCUGAGAACAUCACUGAAGUCCAAGAUCACCCGAGAGCAUCCUCUCACUGAAACACACAGCAAGUGUGUGUGUGUGUGUGUGUGCACACAGCUUCCUGUUUCCUGACCCCCCCCCCACCCCCCCCCCCCCCCCCGGUCAACCCCCCAACACCUGUGUGACUCCGCCCACUCUGUGACUCCGCCCUGAUGAUGUUACACACACUGCUCUGUUAGCUGAGUACAGUGAUGUAAUGAGGAGGUGUUGGUGACCUGGACCCGGUCCUCAAGAGUACUUUUUUAAACAGGACAUCAAGUGAGGUGACCACACCCACUACACUGACCACACCCACUACACAGGCCACACCCACUACACUGGCCACACCCACCACAGCAGUGUAGCAGCAUGACUGUGUCAGGUGUAUUGUGGUGUUCAGUCACACUGAUCAGUCAUCACGGCUUUAACGCUCUUCAUCGUGUGUGUGAUGGAAUGCCGAGGCUCCGCUCUGGUCUCCGUGAGACUGUUAUUCUCUAAACAAAUUAGUGUUUUAAUGUCUUUGUAAAUUUGUUUGAUGCUGCAAUAAAAUCUAUUUUUCUACACAAA